AUGGCGUUUUUGCUUGAUGUUGCCACUAAUUGGGUCAUCUCGCCAUCGGCGCUGAUAUUACUGAUUUGCUAUCUGCCGAUUCUAUUUCUCUGUCGCCAACGACAUGCUCACCGACCAAAGGGAUGCCGACGCAUAGGCGUACCUGCUGGGCAGAGCGAACUGCUCGAUGAGUACGACCCCAAGUAUAGCGAGGGAGUCCCGGCUUCGCAGAAUCAUGACGGGAAGCCCGCAUGGCGCAUCAAAGCCCUCUUCACGUAUCCUCUCAAGUCUUGUGCUGGAAUUGAGCUCAAGACAUCGCGGGUUGUGCCCACAGGCCUCGAAUUUGAUCGACAGUUCGUCUUUGCUGAAAAUGGCCCCGAAGGCUGGGACUGCCGAACUCUCCGAAAUGCAGGCUACCAGAAACUAGCAUUAAUUGUCCCUGAAAUAUGGGUCCCCAAUCCCUCGGCGCCGGACUAUGACCCUGCCAGUCCGGAGAUUCAGUCGCAGGGCGUCAUGGUCAUCUCAUAUCCGAGGGCACCAUCCCAAGGGGUCAUGGGGAUAUUGACAAGUAUCGGGGUGUUCGCCGGGGUGUUAGAUCCAAUGCACUCUUUCCAAGUCCCAUUGCACCCAGCAGGAUUAACGUCAUAUCCUCUCGUCCCGGUGCGAAUCUGGAAAGACAAGCCUCUAUCUUACGACUACACCUCUCUCAUCCCCGGGUCCCUCCACAGGUACUUGGGAUUCACUCCUAGUGCCUCAAGACUAGCUCUGCUCCGCGCGAGCUCCGAGCACAGCCGCGAAAUCUUCCGCAAUGCCCCUCGCAAAGAAGCAAUCGGGUUCCAACCAACGACCGCCUUUGCAGAUGCGUACCCAAUCCAUCUGCUCAAUCUCGCCAGUCAUCGGGAUGUAGCAGCGAGAUGUGCCUACGCUAUCCCUAAGCUCAGUGUUGUUCGUUUCCGCGCUAAUAUUGUUGUCCAGGGACCGGAGGCAUUUGCUGAGGACCAUUGGACGAAGAUCCAGAUUGCAGGCGUGGAGAUAUAUGCCGCUUGCCGGACGGUUCGGUGUAAAUUGCCAAACGUCGAUCCUCGUACUGGGAUCAGACACCCGGCGGAGCCGGACAAGACGCUCAAGGCUUAUCGGAGGAUUGAUGAUGGGGACCGAACCAAUGCGUGUCUCGGGAUGCAGCUGGUGCCUGCCGCAGAGAACUUUAAGAUUACAGUUGGCGAUGAGAUUAAGGUUCUGGCGGUUGGGGCGCAUCGCUAUAUCAAGAUGCUAGCACCCGGAGAAAAAGUCGAGGGAGUUUGA